GGUGCCGGGCAGCUGCCCGUCCCCACCACUCCUCCAGCAGCUAUUAUUGGUAAUGCCCUUUCUUUCUUCUCCUUCUCCCCCAAAACUUCAUUUUCAGUGAUUUCUUCUAUAUCUUUGUGUCUGAUAUUUAUUACAGUAUCUUUUUUGCUAACACAUAGUUGCUGUGAAGCAAUUGGUUACCGGUUUGGUUUGCGGUGAAUCCUGAAUAAUUAAUUAACCGAUUUGAAUAUGGCCGGUAUGUGUUGUGGUGUUGUUGGUGAGACGGAGACUCCGUCCACCGUUGACCAGAGCGGUGUUGCUCGUCAAUCGAGGCGUCGGCAGAUGGAAAUUCACCAGCUGAAGUUCCUGGCUGCUUCUGAUGUUGUUGCGCCUCUGCCGGAGAACAGUAAAAAGCGGAGGAAGGUUGAGAGUCUUGAGACGAUUGAUUGUGGGUUUGAAUCUAAAGCUGUAAAUUUAUCCAAACCGGAGACGGAGGCGGUUAGUAAAACUGUUUGCGAUAAUAAUGAAGCUAGAUUUGGCGUGACGACUGUGUGUGGAAGGAGGAGAGACAUGGAAGAUGCGGUUGCUGUAAAACCGUCGUUCAGUAGUGAUUUUAACUUUUAUGGUGUUUACGACGGCCACGGCUGCUCACACGUGGCGAUGAAGUGCAAAGAUCGAAUGCACGAAAUAGUGAAAGACGAAGUGGAAACCGCUGGCGAAUCAGUUAACUGGAAAGAUACGAUGGGGGUGAGUUUUUCACGGAUGGAUAAGGAGGUAACCGAUUGGAGCGAAGGUUCUUCGAUUUCCAACUGUCGAUGCGAGUUACAAACUCCUCAAUGCGACGCGGUUGGAUCAACGGCUGUUGUGGCGACGGUGACUCCCGACAAGAUCAUUGUUUCAAAUUGCGGGGAUUCACGAGCUGUACUUUGCCGUAACGGUGUUGCUAUCCCUCUAUCCACCGAUCAUAAACCGGAUCGACCAGACGAACUUGCGAGAAUAGAAGCUGCUGGCGGACGUGUGAUAUACUGGGAUGGAGCUCGGGUUCUUGGUGUUUUAGCUAUGUCAAGAGCUAUAGGCGACAAUUACUUAAAGCCGUAUGUGAUACCAGAACCGGAGGUAACCGUAACGGAUCGAACACCAGAAGACGAGUGUCUAAUCUUAGCAAGCGAUGGACUUUGGGACGUGGUAUCAAACGACGUUGCGUGUAGUGUCGCACGCAUGUGCCUGACCUCUCAAAAACCUCCGUCGCAUCUCCGGUCGGCCGGAAACGAUGUGAACAUCGCCGGCGGUGAAAGUUCCGAUAAGGCAUGUUCGGAUGCUUCAAUGCUUCUUACAAAGCUAGCUUUGGCAAGACAGACGUCAGAUAACGUCAGCGUCGUUGUGGUUGAUCUUAGACGAAAUCAAUAACGAAGAUUCGAAAUUAACGAGUUUACGAAGCUUCAGAGAUCAAACCUAUCUGAUUGUUUUUCUUGUAUUUAUUAUAUUAUUAUUAUUAUUAACAUGAAAUCAUCAAUUCUUGAAAUUACUAUGUAUUAACAUGUAUAGAUCAUUUAUCAUAUAUACUGAAAAUGAACAUUUGCAUAUCAA